CAAAAACAGAGCUAAUUCAUAAUUGCUUUAGCUAAGGCGGUAAACCCAAACCCAAUCCCUCUCGUGUUACUAGCUGAGUGGGGAAAACGAGGCCACUGAGUCUCUCCGAGUUGAAUCACCAUGGCAGCACCCAACCACGAUGAUUUAGAUGAACUCCUCGAUAGUGCUCUUGAUGAUUUCCAAACUCUCAACCUCAGUACCAAGACUAGUCCUGCUCCCACCAUUGGAAGAAGUAACGAAUCUAGAGAUAACAAACAAGAAGUUCCUUCUUUGGCUAGUGGGGUUCAAGGAUUGGGGUUGGGUUUGCCUGACCUCAAGGCCAAGAAAAAGGGCAAACAAAAAGCUUCCAAGGAAUCCCAUGUCUCCGACGCCCUUGAUAAACUUAGAGCUGAAACCAGAGAGGCUGUUAAGGGUCUGGAAUCGGUCACCACCGCUGCCAGGCCACCUGUUCCAGACUUGGGUAAUGAUGCUAUGAUGGAUGAUUGGGUCAAGCAGUUUGAGGAGCUUGCUGGCUCUCAGGACAUGGAAUCUAUCAUGGAGAACAUGAUGCAACAGCUUUUGUCAAAGGAGAUUCUUCAUGAACCCAUGAAGGAAAUCGGUGAAAGAUAUCCGAAGUGGUUAGCUGAGCAUGAAGCUAGUUUGAGCAAAGAAGAGUUCGAACGUUAUUCCCACCAAUAUGGGCUGAUAAAAGAUCUCAAUGAAGUGUAUGAAAAAGAUCCCAAUAAUUUCACUAAGAUUGUUGAGCUCAUGCAGAAAAUGCAGGAAUGUGGUCAACCACCCAAUGAUAUAAUGCAUGAGCUGGCUCCUGAUUUUGAUCUAGCUAGUCUUGGCCAGCUAUCUCCAGAGAUGCUAGAAUCUCAGGAAAAUUGUUGUAUAAUGUGAGGAUGUGAUGUUCCAGCCGCAAAGCCUUCUUCGCAGCCAUAGCUGGAUCUGUUAGUCGACAGGAGCAUGCAUGAUUCAUUACCAAAAAAUUCAAAUCAAAGUUAUAAUAAAGUGGCGCUACCUGAACUACAGUUACAUAUAUUGUUCACCUUUCUUUCUCAAAUGUGUUAUUUAGAAAUUUAGUUUACCAAAUUUGGCAACAUGGUUUUUCUCUUCUCUCAUUCCAUGUAAUUUAAUCAAGCUGAUACAGAAAUGAUUUAGGAGUGGUAUGAAAGAAAGCCCUUGGAGUAUCGAAGUUCACUCA